UUGGGGGCCAGCUAACACUCGCCUAUCAUCAGUCAACGUAAAGCCAACUCCUCCUCUUCUGCUGUUACGCACAUCUAUGCAGCCUCCUUGGCACAAGACAAAACAUUAUCUAAACAAACUACUGUAAAGGAAAACUGCUUCUUCUCCCAGGAUUUUAUUUUCGUUUUUUAAGCUUGUUUUUGUUUUUAUGAUUUUUUCUUUCUGCAAAGCAAAAGUAGUUUGCCGUAAGUCUCAACUUGGACUGUUAAGGAGGAGGAAAAGCCUUUCUCAAAUACCCAGGUCUAGUUUUUUUCUGUUUGAAAUACUAUUUUUCGGGCUGGGCGAUGCAGUAGAAAGCUGCUGCUCAUCUUUUGGCACUGCCAUUUGUACUGAGUUACGAACUGUUCUGCAGAAGAAAAGAGGAAAUAUUUUGCAGACUGUCGAAAACCUGAAAUAUUACUCCCGGCGAGGAGCAGAGCUGAGAUCCAUGCAACGGGAGCUUCUAUAGUUGGUAUGUUUAGUCACCGUAAAUGGAAAAGAAAAUCUAGAAAGAGCAGUUGGCAGUGAAACAUAUUAUCAUGCCUGAGAUAAAAUAGAUGCCACUAAGAGAAGGCAAAUCUGUGCGCUUUUUAAUGAAUUAAUCAUAGCUUAUUAAUAACGAGAGCUGGAGAGAUUCGGAUGACGGUUUCCAUUGGCAGAUGAGACGUAGUGUGGAGAACACGUGUCCAGUUUUUCCCUCAUAUUUUUUCCUCCCUGAUCUGGAUUUCUCGCUUGUCACGGCAAGAAAGGAAACGUUAAAAGAUCGAAAAUUUUGAGUGGCAUAAUUGCAGAAGGUUCCCCCUCUCAUGGACAUCUUGGCUUGCAGAUCUGAAGAGAACAGUUAUAACAUCCUCCCAUCGGCGGCUACGAUGCUUUUCCAUGGCCUCCCCGGAGGCGACGUUCGCGGUGUGGUGGAAGAAAUGGACCGGAGAGGAAAGAGCGAGUCAGCGGCCAUCAGCUCAGCCAUCGAUAUGGGAGAGUCAGAGACGUCCAUGCCAUGCAUGACCAACGAGCGCGUGGCUCUGUGCGCGGGCUGCGGCAGGAAAAUCGCGGACCGAUAUUACCUGUUGGCCGUGGACAAGCAGUGGCACAUGCGCUGCCUCAAGUGCUGCGAGUGCAAACUCAACCUGGAGUCCGAGCUCACCUGCUUCAGCAAAGACGGCAGCAUCUACUGCAAAGAGGACUACUACAGAAGAUUUUCGGUGCAGAGAUGCGCUCGGUGCCACCUGGGAAUCUCGGCCUCGGAGAUGGUGAUGCGAGCUCGGGACCUGGUCUACCACCUCAACUGCUUCACCUGCACUACCUGCAGCAAGAUGCUCACCACCGGGGACCACUUUGGCAUGAAAGACAGUCUGGUGUACUGUCGGCUGCACUUUGAGACUCUCAUCCAGGGAGAAUAUGAGACACAUUUUAACCACGCGGACGUGGUGCCGCACAAAGGCCUGGGCCCGGCCAACACGCUCGGACUAUCCUACUUCAGCAGCGUGGGGACGGUGCAGAAAGGAAGGCCGAGGAAGAGGAAAAGUCCUGGGCCAGGGGCCGAGCUGGCUGCUUAUAAUGCAGCGCUGAGCUGUAACGAGAACGACGGCGAAUCCAUGGACAGGGACUCCCAGUACAGCUCCAGUCAGAAGACCAAGCGCAUGCGGACGUCCUUCAAGCAUCACCAGCUGAGGACCAUGAAGUCCUACUUUGCCAUCAACCACAACCCAGACGCCAAGGACCUCAAGCAGCUUGCCCAGAAAACUGGCCUCACCAAGCGGGUCUUACAGGUGUGGUUCCAAAACGCUCGGGCCAAAUUCAGGAGGAACCUGCUGCGGCAGGAGAGCACCGGGGUAGACAAGGCGUCCGACGGCUCCACGCUGCAGGGUGGUACACCGUCAGGCCCGGCCUCUGAGAUCUCCAACGCCUCCAUGAGUCCCUCCAGCACACCCACCACCCUUACGGACUUGACCAACCCCACCAUGCCCACUGUCACCUCUGUGCUCACCUCCGUGCCGGGUAGCAUGGAUGUCCACGAGUGCCGGAGCCCAUCACAGACCACGCUGACCAGCCUCUUCUGAUAGAUGGAGCCCUUCUUCACAGCCCCCUCUCCCCUGCCCUCCCUGGCCCCAUCCCUUAGCUCCCCCCUGCUCACCUCUGCUCCUUGUGGAUCUACAAUUAAGCACGGUUCACUCCUUGGAACAUUUAACGGAUUAGAAAACAAAAGGAAGCAAACUGAAAAGGUUUCCUUUAGAGACUGUUUGAUUAGUGAGGUGGCUGAGCCUUACACACCGAACAUUUGUUGUUAUUUUGAUGUUGUCUUGUUGAGAACUGAGGAGACUUGAUUUGCAUUUUUCAAUGUUUACAGAGAGAGACUGAAACUGGUCAAAAAAAAUUUGGAAUAUUGUUUUUUCCAGCACAGUAUUUAUGUUAUAUUGUACAAGAGUCACUGUUAGAAGGAUUGUAAAAAAUCGUUUUCUUUCUUUCUUUCUUUCUUUCUUUCUUUCUUUCUUUCUUUCUUUCUUUCUUUCUUUCUUUCUUUCUUUCGUUUUGGAAAUCUGAGAUUAAACACAGGUUACAAUAUCCUAUGACUGCCACGUGCCUUACGGUCCACUUAUCUUAACUGCUGUUUCUAAAAGUCGGUCACACGUGAGUGAUUUGCAUCAGAACAAAGCAGUAUGACUGAAUUAACUCGACUCCUUGUGCGCAUUUAUGUAUGUGUGUGAGUUCUGGCUUGUUCCUCUUUGUGUUUGUGUGAACGUGCAGUAAAGCCCAUUCGGCUGCACUUUAAUUUAAAAGAAAAAGGCGAGAGGCAAAUAAUUCUUGUUUUUGAUCUCAACUCUUUUGAAUCGUCUUCAUUUAAACUUGGCUAAAAAGCUGUUGUUCAAAGUCUCGACUUUUAGUUUAAUGCACUGGCGGCCCGAUGCAGAUCAGUUCAUGAUACUAAACCUCACCAAAUGAUGCGAUCGAUUUCAUUAACAUCCACCAGGUUACUGAGACCCGUCUCGGUGCAUGCCCAUUCCUUUUCCUUUUCCUUUUCCUCCACUUUGGACAAAAGCUCAAAGAACUGUUUUAAAAUAUAGUUUUUACCAAUAAACAGCUGGCAAUAAACAAUGAAAAUAACAAUGAAAUUUUGGGGGUUAAACUGUAAAGGUGUGUGUGAGUGUGUGUGUGUGUGUGUGAGAGCGAGAUGGAAAUAUAUAUGCUGUGAAUGGGGGAGAGCUGUCGCUGCUGCUUGUGGAAUACGGUGAUCUGUCCCAGGCUGCUGUAACAAACCUCACUGAGCUCUUCAUGUUGUGCUGCUUCUGCACAUUCUUGUACGCGUCACUGUUGUCCUCGGUUUUGUGAGAAAUAUAAACACUAUCGAUAAUAAGACUUGUCUGUUGGAAGAGAGUUUGUACCUCCGAGUGCGAGUUUUCUACAUGUGUACAUAUCGUAUUCAUUCAGAGAUGGCGUGCUGUGAGGGGUCAGAGGCGUUUGUGAUGCAGUGAUGAGUGGAGUGGCAGUUAAAUCAAGCCGCUGUGAGGUUGGAUGGGCAUUUGGCAUUUUUAUUAUUUCUAUUUUUUUAUUUUGAAGAUUUCUUUUCAUUUUUUGACUUUUACGAGCGAACUGUAAAACAGACCAUCAAUAAAUAUUUAUAUUUAUUUUAAGUUGAAGCAUGUCAGAUACCCCGACAUUUACUUAUUUAGCAGUUUGGAUCAACAUGCCGCAGUCAACAUCGCUAACAUGCUACACAAGCUAAGGGUAGUUUCAGUUUUCACUGAACGAUACCGCUGUUUUCCUUCUUCCCCUCGCCCCUCCAACCAAUCACACUCAGAGCUGACCCUCACUGAUGCUGGUUCUGCCAGAGGUCUUUUCCUAUUAAAGGGAAUUCUUCCUUCCCACCGUCACCAAGUACUUGGUCAUAGGGAAUCAUCACAUCAUUGGGUUUCUCUCUUGUCUUUCUUUUACCUUACAAUAUCAAGCAUCUUGAUAUCAUGUUGUG